GUCGGUCGACAUGGCCGUCGUUCGUGUUUGUAACCGCUAUYCGCACGUUGUCGUAGUUCGCCACGGAGUUAGGUUUUCGCGAUCGCCGUUUUUCCGUUCACCGCCCGCCCGCAGACGGUGGCGGAACUCUGUAUUUUUGUCGCCUGACGACGGGAACGCGCAGGACUAUCUACAAAAUAGAUCGUGCGCCGGACGGAACAACAACUUACUAUCGUCACCGUCCACUGWCCAGUCGAAACGAGUCCCCGCGGGUACCAGUGAUAAAAUGACGUAAACUGUGUUUAUGGAUAGGUGUCAACUUUGAAAUUUGUCUGUAAAAGAAAAUGGCUUCAAGAUUAGAUAGACUGUUUAUAUUACUAGAAACAGGAAGUAGUCCUGUCACAAGAAAAGCAGCAGCAAAUCAACUGGGACAAGUGGUGAGGCUMCAUCCUCAUGAACUUGAACCUUUAUUAGAGCGUAUAUCUACAUAUUUACGACAUUCGUCAUGGGAAACUCGUAUAGCAGCUUCUCAAGCCAUUGAAGCUGUAAUUAAACAAAUUCCCCAAUGGUGUCCAAGUGGUUUACCUCCCAUUAAAUUAGAACUAUAUAGUGAUUUGCAAGUAGAUGAAAAAGAAAAUGAUGGGAAAUUAUGUUUUGAUACAUUUGAUUUAACUUCUAUUAUGAAUUGUUCUGCUUUGAUGGCUUCUACAGAUAUUGAUCAAGAUAAUCUAGUAACAUCAGAAAAUGCUAUACUAUGCUGUGUUGAAAAUGACUGGCCUUUUAAAGAUUUUGUUAAUACUUUACUUAAAGACUUAUUCAAUACUAAAUGGGAAAUACGGCAUGGUGCUGCAACAGCUAUUCGUGAAAUUAUUAAACAUCAUGGUCGAGGUGCUGGAAAAGCUUGUAAUUUGCCUUCAGACCAACUGGAAAACCAUCAUCAAGCCUGGUUAGAAGAUGUGGGACUAAGAUUAUUAUGUGUUCUUGCGUUAGACCAUUUUGGAGAUUUUCUUGGUGAUCAAGUUGUUGCACCUGUUAGAGAAACAUGUGCUCAAGCUUUAGGUUUUGUUGUUAAAUUAAUGUCUGAAGAAAAUGUUUUAAACAUAAUUCAUGUACUUAUACAACUUAUUCAACAUAGUGAUUGGACAACCAGACACGGUGGAUUAUUAGGACUGAAGUAUUUAUUAGUUGUUAGAAAAGAUAUAAUUGAAAAAAUAUUACAAUUAUCAUUUCCAUUUAUAUCUAAAGCUCUUAUGGACACUGUAGAUGAUGUUAGUGCUGUAGCUGCAUCUGCUUUAUUGCCAAUAGUUGAUUGUAUGAUUAAAUGUGAUGAAAAAUGGGUAUCAGAUGUUAUAUCCAUUUUGUGGCAAAUGUUGGCUGUACAAGAUGAUUUAACAGCAUCUUGUUAUAACUUUAUGACUUUAUUAGCUGCAUUGUUUAGCCUUCCAUCUGGAAAACUAUUAACAAAUGAACCAAUUCUUCAUGUUCUACCUCGACUAUGGUCAUUUUUGUCACAUAAUGCAACUCAAGUACGUUUAGCUACUAUGAAGUCUUUAAUGACAUUAACUUCAACUCCACAAUUAUCGUAUACUGAUAAUAUUGAAGAUAUAAAAUUACUUCAAGAUGCUAUGAGACAUAUUUUUCAGAGAGCAAUGGCUGAACCAGACGAAGAAAUACAACAAAUUAUAAAAAAAGUUUGGGCUAAUUUAAUUGUCAAUAGUAGCCUAACAGCUCUUUUAAAUGCUGCUUGUCCAUACAUAGGAUUGUGGUUGGCAAUGACCAUGCAAUCAGAUAAAAUACCUUAUGAUUCAUCUAGUAUUAUUCAACAUAUUCCAACUGGACCUAAUAAAGUAGAUAAUGUAUCUAGUCUGCCAAAUGAAGCAAGUAUUGAUAUCAAAUAUUACAUCGGUGGGAGUGAGGCAAUCCCUGCUGACCAAAGAGAAAAAAAUGCAAUUAGAGCAAGACAUUUAGGUGCAGAAAUGUUGGGUUUAUUAUCUUGUUAUAUUAUAAAACCUGCGCCUAAUAUUUGUUAUACAAAUGAAGAUGAAUCACCUGUAACAUGCUAUACAAAAUUAUUAAUCAGUAAUUUGGAAUCUAAUGUAGCUAUGCAACAAAAGAUGACUUCUAUGGUAAUAUCAGAAUGGUGUAAAUUACAAAAAUUAGAUAAUUCAGCUUCAAAAAUAUUAUCUGAAAAAUUAUCAGACUGUAUGAAUCGUAUGAUUUAUUAUGAUGAAAUGUCAUUCUCAAUAACAAAACUUAUACAAGAUGCUCAUGAUUUUCUUUCAUCAUUGAAACAUUAUAAACUAACUACUGCACAACAAUUUAACCAAAUUGUAACUUUGGAGCACAUUGAGCAUCUUACUGGACCAGAAACUGGAAUAUUGAUUUCAUCUCAAAAACUCAAACCAAAAAUAUUUGAACAACUUGAAGAUAGGCGUCUUUCAUUGAAUCAGGCCCAUAAACAUAUCAAUUCUGAUCUCAUUUCUCUAACUACAUCGACUAAAGCAUCAUUAGCGGGAGCGUUAACAAUGCUUCAAUGUUUACCCGAAAAAAUACGACCUAUUGUUAAACCAUUAAUGGAAUCUAUAAAAAAAGAAUCAAAUGAAAUGUUACAACGCUGGUCAGCUGAUCAUUUGGCGAUUUUGAUGGAUUUAUGUAUAAAUCGUUCUUCAUGCCCUAACACUACCAUAAUUAAUAACCUGUGUUCUUUUUUAUGUGUUGAUCCAGAAUUCACACCUAAAAUAGGUACUGAAGAUAGAAUAAAAUAUCAAUUGAUUCUAACGCAUCAGAAAAUAUUACAAAAUGCAGAAAGGUUGUUAAUGAAGCGUACUGGACAACGAGGAUCAGGAAGACCACCAGUACACUGUGAUAUAAAUGUAGAAAUUAUACUAAGCGACCAAGAUCAGCUUCUGGAGUUGUUACCAAUUUUCUCCAAGCUUCUUAUUCAUCCAUAUUCUGCUAUUAGACAUCUAAGUGCACGCUGUUUAGCUGCAUCUGUUGAGCUAAAUCCUGGAAUUACAAUGACAACUAUUAUUAAUGAUGUCUUACCUCUUCUUGAUGCUCCUGACAGUGAUGUUAAACGAAAAGGAGCUAUUGAAGCAGUGGUGUGUAUUGUCGAUAAGUUACAAUUUGACAUUGUUCCUUACAUUGUCUUAUUAAUCAUCCCACUUUUAGGACGAUUAUGUGAUCAAGAAGAAAGYGUUCGUAAAAUGUCUUCACAAUGUUUUGCAACUCUUAUUCAAUUAAUGCCCCUCGAUGGCAGUGUACCUGUUCCUCCAAAUUUAAGUGAUAAAACCAAUCAAUUAAUUCAAUCACAAAGACAGUUUUUAGACCAACUUUUUAAUCCUAAUCAAAUAAGUGAUUUCAAAGUACCAAUUAUGAUUAAUGCUAAAUUAAGAUCUUAUCAACAGACAGGAGUAAAUUGGUUAGCUUUUUUGAAUAAAUAUAAGUUACAUGGAAUUUUAUGUGACGACAUGGGCUUAGGAAAAACUAUACAAUCAUUAUGUAUACUUGCUAGUGAUCAUUACAAUAAAAGCGAAAAGUUUAAGGAAACCGGUAGUCCAGAUUCAGUUCCUUUACCAUCUAUAGUUGUAUGUCCUCCUACAUUGAUUGGACAUUGGACUCAUGAAGUACAAAAGUUUAUUCCGAAAAAUAUAUUAAGRCCRUUACAAUAUUCUGGUCUACCUGUUGAAAGGCAAAAAUUAAGAGCUUAUGCCGAUGACUAUAAUUUAUUUAUAGUAUCUUAUGAUAUUGUUCGUAAGGAUAUUGAAUUUUUUUCAAAAAUAAAAUUCAAUUAUUGCAUAUUAGAUGAAUGCCAUAUAAUAAAAAAUGGAAAGACUAAAGCAAGUCAAGCUAUUAAACAAUUGAAGGCAAACCAUCGUUUAGUUUUAUCUGGCACACCAAUUCAAAAUAGCGUUUUGGAAUUAUGGUCAUUAUUUGAUUUUUUAAUGCCUGGGUUUUUAGGUACAGAAAAACAAUUUGUCGCAAAAUAUAGCAAACCAAUUUUAGCUAGUCGUGAUUCAAAAUGUUCAUCAAAGGAACAAGAAACUGGUGUUUUAGCUAUGGAAGCUUUGCAUCGUCAAGUUUUACCAUUUGUUUUGCGUAGAAUGAAAGAAGAUGUUUUAAGUGAUUUGCCAGCUAAAAUUACUCAGGAUUAUUAUUGUGAUUUGAGUCCUAUUCAACAACAACUUUAUGAGGAUUUUUCAAAAACACAUAUACAUAAACAUUUAUCGGAAACUGAAUCUGGAGAAAAAUCAGUUAAUAAUCCUCCUAAUAAAAAUAAUAUUCUUCAGGCGCUACGUUAUUUACAAAAUGUAUGCAAUCAUCCAAAAUUAGUACUUACUCCACAACAUCCUCAGUAUUCUAAUAUAAUUAAGCAAAUUUCAGAAUCUAAUUCUAGUCUUACCGAUAUUCAUCAUGCUGCUAAAUUACCAGCUUUAAAACAACUUUUAAUGGACUGUGGUAUCGGAUUAGUAAGUAAUGAUGAAACCGUGAUAAGUCAACACAGAGCUUUAAUAUUCUGUCAACUAAAGUCCAUGUUAAAUAUUAUUGAAAAUGAUCUCUUUAAGGCUCAUAUGCCUAAUGUAACUUACCUUCGCCUUGAUGGAAGUGUACCUGUUUCACAACGAUAUGCACUUGUCAAUCGUUUUAAUGUUGAUCCAUCUAUUGAUACUCUUAUAAUGACCACUCAAGUUGGCGGAUUGGGUCUUAAUUUAACUGGAGCUGAUACUGUAAUUUUUGUAGAACAUGAUUGGAGUCCUAUGAGAGACCUACAAGCAAUGGAUCGAGCACAUCGUAUUGGUCAGAAAAAGGUAGUCAAUGUAUAUCGUUUAAUUACAAGAUCAACACUAGAAGAAAAAAUAAUGAACUUUCAAAAGUUUAAGCUAAAGACUGCCAACACAGUAAUAUCUUCUGAAAAUUCAAGUCUUCAAACAAUGGGAACUGAUAAAUUAUUAGAUUUAUUCUCAYUGGAUGAUACGUCAAAAGAAAAAAAUAGAACCAAUUCUUCAGGCAGUUCAAUAAAAUCUGUUCUUGAAACUUUGCCAGAACUCUGGGAUACCAAAAUUUAUGAUGAUGAAUAUGAUUUAAAUAGUUUUAUUCAGACCCUUAAUAAUACUUGAUCUUAUAAUUAACUUAAUUAUGUAAUGUUAUUUAAAAAAAUGUUUUAAAUAUAAUUUAUACCUAGUGAAAACAAACCAAAAAUUAGGCUUCUAGAUUUAUAACCAUUGAAUGUAACUAUUAUCAU